AUGGAGAUAAUGGAUCGCACCAACGAAUUCCACUCCAUGGUGGACCGUAUGCGUUCUCGAAACAACGCACCUACUACUACAUUGGAACGUCGUUCGCUACUCUCAUCACCUAGUUUCAACACUUCAUCCAACAAACGGUCAACACAUUCUCGAAGCGAGUUUUCUAUGAUGGCAGCUGAAAUUAGUCGUAACAUCACCAACACAGCCGGCAAACUGGAGAAGCUGACUAAAUUGGCCAAACGCAAGACAUUAUUCGACGAUAAGCCUGUUGAGAUUGGCGAACUGACGUUUAUAAUCAAACAAGAUAUCGCCAAGCUCAACAAACAAAUCGCUAUGCUUCAGGAAUAUACCAAAAAUCAACGACACCCCUCCAAACAAGCAACUGAACAUACCUCCAACGUCGUUGUGGCACUACAAAGUAAGCUGGCUGACACCUCAAUGAGCUUUAAAGACGUUUUAGAAAUUAGAACAGAGAACAUGAAAAUGUCAAAGGACAAACGAGAUCAAUUUUUAUUUUCUACAGCUGAACAAAAUGCGGAUCAAUCAUUUGUGAGCUCGCCACUACUGAAAUCGCGACGACGUGGAAACGCCGACUCUCCGCCUCAACAACAAAACGAAACAUCAACCUCAACGAUGGCAGCAGGAUCAGGAGCACUAGUAGGAGCAGGCGGAUAUCAGCCAGCACAUGAAAAUUCCGAAUCAACACUUUCGCUGGGCAUACCCAUGAUAACACCAGAACAACAACAACAGCAACAGCAAUUGAUGCUGGCAGAACAGGAUCGUUAUAUCGAACAUAGAUCCACAGCUAUAGAGAGCAUUGAAAGCACGAUUGCCGAAUUGGGCGGUAUAUUCCAGCAGCUAGCUACCAUGGUAGCAGAGCAGCGUGAGACAGUGCAACGUAUCGAUCAAAACACUGAAGACAUUGAGAUGAAUGUGAUGGGCGCUCAGCGAGAAUUGCUAAAGUAUUAUACAAACAUUAGUUCAAAUCGGUGGUUGAUGAUCAAAAUAUUUGCUACUAUUAUUUUUUUCUUCCUUUUAUUCACUUUAAUCAUGUAA